AGCAUUUGUUUACAAAUGGCGAAUGGAGUAGCGGCUCGUUUGAAUUUCAUUUUUUUAUAGUGAACACGCCUCUUUCGUGCGAUUAUUGCGUGCAGCUGCGCAGUCGUAAUGCCGCUGUAACGAACUGUGCUGGCUCAAGAAAAAAAAUAUUUUUUUUUUCCUUACCCGAUCAUGGAUACGAAUCAACGACGUCACAGAGAAGCGUCUCUUAGGACGUUCGAACCAUUCCUAAAAGAAUAUGACUCGCUGCUGCGUUAUAUACUUACCGAGGUACAGCAUUUUCAGAAUGAAAUACGAUCACUCAAGAAGGAAGCGCUCAUCCUAGUUGCUAGCAAUCGCUGUCUCCACCGAGAUCUGAGACGCCAAGUGGAACAAAAUUUAGCAUCCGAUCCGCCCCAUUGCAACCAACUUUUAAGAGAUCUUCAGUCUCAUUUGGACACUGUUACAGAGGACAAAAAUAUCACAUCCAAAAUGCUCCAAACAGCACUUCAGGAGAUAGAUAGUCUUGAAAACCAGCUACAGGAAAAAAGAGACUUUGUUGAUAGAGAUACCUUUAACCAAUCUAUAGAAAAAAUGAAAGCUGACUAUGAAAAUAGGUACAAGGAAAAAUUUUGUGAGCUAGAGAAAACUAAAAGUGAGCUCUUUGAGGCUCAGAAAAAUCUUCACAACACAAAGUUGCGUUUGGCACGCUACAGCGAGCCAGUAUGCGUGAUUGAAAACCAGCUCCAGGAGAAGGAAAAAAAACUUGAUGAGGUUCUGGAGUGCCUGCAACAAACUCAGGAGAAACUCAUUUUGGCAGAAGAAGAGCGGACCGAUGCGAUUUCAAAGCUUGCAGCACUUGAAGCUCAGCUGAAUAAAUUCAAUGCGGAAAGCACUAACCAUUCACAAGAGUUGAAGUCCUGUCAGAAUCGAAGCAAGGCACUACAAGAACAACUUAGCUCUGCACUGGAGCAUGCUCAGGAAAGCGUCAGCAUCGCAGAGCGAGCACUUCUUGAAAAACAAGAAGUGCAGCUGAGAUGUGAGCAGCUGGAAAGCGAAGUAAUGGAGUUAGGAACUUCGCUUGAAGCUGUGGUGGAAGAAGCCGCUCAUCAUACAGCAAGUGAGGUGGAGAAGUUUCGUGAGAAAGGUAACCAGCGUAUAAAAGAACUCAUCAAGCAAAUUGGGCAGCUUCAGCAGGCUUUGCAGCAGCAGCAGUCACUCGCAGCUCACUUGGCCGACGAGAACAGCAGAUUAAGGGAGGAGACGGGAAGGCUCCAGAAACGCCAAGCAGACUUGAGGGUCAACCGCGACCCUGCUUUUCAGGCACUUAGCCAGACAUUGACGCAGGCCGAAAGAAUGUGCCAAAAGCAUCGACUCGCUGCAGAAUCGCUGCAGGACAAGUUGUUACACCAAGAAAAACAGAGUGCGUUCAAGAUAAAGCAGAGAGAGCUGGAGAUUCAACGACUUCAGAGUUUACUACAGGAGACUGAGAGACAUGCUGAUCAGCUGCAGCAAUCAAUGGUUGAAACUGAGAACCAAAUAGUGGAGCUCCGCCGUAAAGUGCACAUUUUAGAAGCAGAGUGCAUCGCAUUGCGAAAGAGACAUCCUGCCGAGGUGACUGCCCUAACCGAGGCACUUGACCAAGAGAAGCUAGUUUGCAGUGCGAAGUUGCAACGGAUGGAAGACACUUUCGAAAAAAAGCUAAUGAAUGCACAGGCACUGCUACAAGCACAGCAGGCUGUGAAUGAUAAGUGGAAAAUGGAGGCAUCUAGGAUGGCAUCAGAGUUUGAAACGGAGUUAUUGGCUGCCCGAAAAAAGAUAUCUGCGCUAAAGAGGGUGAACAUAGACUUGCAAAAGAAAGCUUACCACACAGCAAAAGAAACUCGCAAGGAGAAAAGAAAAGAACCUGUCUGUCAUGAAAGACAUGGAGGUCAAGUGAAGCAAAGCGAGACACUCGUGCAAAGGAGUCAAUCAUGACAGAGAAAAUCGAUCAUAAUCGCAAUCAAAAGAUACCCGUGUGACUGGAGUAUAAAUUAGUACUUGUGGAAUACCAAUAGGGCCAGUCUUACUGUCGACUGUGGCUUGGACAACCACAAAAGAUGGCGAGUGGCGUCACCACCUUGAACUUCCCGCCUCAGCUGUCCGUGAUGCCACAAAUUUUGAAUACAUCUGCUCAGGACUUAAACCAGACUAAACCUAGCAUGUUCUGCUAGUUAUUUUUCUGCACAGAAAUGGCCAGAGCAUGAGAAAACACUUAUGUUAGGCUGAAAUACCGAUGCAAAAUUCAAGAGGAAAGUUUGGCCUUAAUUUUCUUUGUCCCACCACAAAAACAGAGAGAGGGUUUUAAUAUAACUGUGUUCUAGUAAAAAAAGAGACAUCUUCAGUGUUCUAUUUGUAAAAACUUCAACGUAGUUUAGAUCACUGGGUUCCGCAAGCGGCCAAGUAGAAUCUGAUCCCAUCUGCCCUUGACUGAACUUUUACAUGAUAGUUUGGAUUGAACAAAACCACUACCCACCACAUCCACACAUCAGUUGCAUGUAUAGGGAAGAGAUACCAUCGCGGCAGAAUUGUUGCUGUGCGAUUCGCAGGUCCACAGCGUUUAUAGACACAUUUCAUUUGUGCUCACGGGGUGGUCUGAACUAGAAUGCACUCAUGUCCUGCAUGCUGAAAGCCACUUUCAAAUCUAGCUGUGUGACGAGUUCUUUUUGACGUACUAGUAUUACAACUGGCCAUCGGUGUAUUGUACAAAAAUGUCAGUUCAUGCAGUUUCCAAGUGGAAGUACAUCAAGUAACCUCAAGAUGAAGUUAAACCCCACUGAGUUUACAUUAACCUGUUUAAGCGAAUCAAUAACUUGUGCUUUUCUUUUGUCCUCUAUUUAUUCUCGUUCAUUCCAAGGCAAGAGAGAGAUUUAGGGGAAAGGGGGU